UACAAACACACGCCGGAACUUAGUUGGUGGAAAGUCAAAGUCAAACGUUUAUAAUUUAAUAAGACAAAAAAAUAUUUUUAGAUUUUUAAAGAAAUAAUAAAAAUUGACUAUUACUUUUGAUAAAAAAAGGCAGCAUUAAAGCGACAAAGUAAUUUUUAUCGGAAAUUUUAAUUAUUAAUAAUAAAAACGAAGAUUUUUAGACAGAAUGGCCUUGCGCUAUGUACAAAAAUUGAAGGGGAUUCAUACUCCAUUUCUGUGUCGGGGUUAUCCCUUUCUAGUGACAAAGGAAAAAUCUAAAGAUGUUGCCUUUACUAAAUCCUCGUUGCAAAAGAAGUACAAGGACCUUGAAUUUCCCCGAACAAAAUAUGGGGGUCGCAGUGUUGUGACCAUGCUUCCCGGCGGUGGUAUUGGUCCCGAACUAAUGACGUAUGUGCGAGAGAUAUUUUCCCAUUGCGGCGCCCCCAUUGACUUCGAAGUUAUCGACAUUGAUCCCUCCACCGAAGGCAAUGAAGACUUGGAAAAUGCCAUUGUUUCGAUAAAACGAAAUGGUACCGCCAUCAAGGGUAACAUUGAAACGACUUCACAAAAUCUAAGUGAAAUUUCACGCAAUGUAGCUAUUCGCAAUGAAUUGGAUUUAUAUGUGAAUGUGUUACAUUGUAAAUCAUUGCCGGGGAUACCGGCACGUCAUCAAAAUGUGGAUAUUGUAUUGAUACGACAAAAUACCUACGGUGAAUACGCCAUGAUGGAACAUGAAGCUGUACGCGGGCAUGUGGAAAGUUUGAAAAUUAUGACGGAAGAGAAUGCUGAGAGGGUGGCACGUUAUGCCUUUGAAUAUGCUCGUCAACAUGGCCGUAAGAAGGUCACCACAAUACAUAAGGCAAAUAUUAUGAAAUUAUCGGAUGGUUUGUUUUUGGAAAUGGCCAAGAAGGUGCAUAAGGAUUAUCCCGAAUUGAAACAUGAAAAUAUGAUUAUUGACAAUACGUGCAUGCAGUUGGUGUCGAAUCCUCAUCAGUUCGAUGUCAUGAACUUGCCAAAUUUAUAUGGUACAAUUGUGGCCAAUGUAAUUUGUGGCCUUAUUGGUGGUGCUGGUCUUCUAUCCGGUCGCAAUUAUGGUGAUUAUUAUGCCAUUUUUGAACCGGGAACACGUAACACGGGUACUGCAAUUGCUGGUAAGAACAUUGCCAAUCCCUUGCCCAUGAUCAAUGCUGGCAUUGAUCUAUUAAAUCAUUUGGGCUAUAAGGAUCAUGCCCGUAUUAUACACGAGGCAAGCUACAAAACUGUUGUGGAGAAUGGCAUUAGGACACCAGAUGUUGGUGGUUCAAAUACCAGCACAGAUGUUAUCAAUAGCAUUAUGGACUAUCUACCGAAUGCCAACGUUGUCUGGCCCCAUGAAGAUGAUUUUAUGCAAGAAAGAGAAGUUAGAAUUUAAAUUCUUUUAAAAUUCAUAAAGAAACAUUUUCCAAUCACACCCAACAUAAUUUCAUACGUACACUAUACACUGUUCACCAAAAAAAAAAAUGAUUCAAAGACGACUAACGAAUUCAUUUGACAAAAACAUUUGACUAUUACCAUACCUCUAUUAGACGUUACAUCCUAUUCUAUUCACACGCAUUCCAUUUUUCUCCAUAUUUUCAUGAUUAAUUGAAAAGUUUCUUAAAGCUCUUGUUAACAAAAUAUUUAUCUGAACUACUCAAACUAUUUUAAAUUAUCUCGAUGUUAAACUUUUUAAAAUUGUAUUAAGAAAAAAGAUUGUAUUAUUUGAAAAAUUGUAUUUGACAUUAAACAUUAAAUAAAUGAAUAUUGACAAUAUUAAAAAA